UGAAAGAGCAGUUGGCUGUUGACUGUUGUGCUAGCUGGACGAAAUACUCGACCGAGUACAUUGUAAUUGCAUGCAUUCUGUAUUACCAGUAGUGACGCGCGACUCCUGAGUUUUGGAUUAGUUCGUAUUUGAAUGGUUUUCAUUGCUGGAUCUAAAUAACUUUAGACAUGGCGCCCAAGCAAAAGGCCAAGGGCCAGAAGGAGAUCUACAAGGGCAACCAGGAGACUCUCAAGUUCUACGCAGCCUUCACCGUAGUGCCAAAUGUUAUCUAUUUUCUAGUUUACUUUCUAUUUUACAGUUCAAGCUUCUCGUGGCUGAGAUGGAUUGGCUGGCUGCUGUCAGCUGCUUCUGCCACAGCAGGUUUUCUCAUGAUGUACACAAGCGCUAAGGCAUCUUUCUCCGCAAAUGGGCAGCUGGUGGAUGCUGGUCUAGACCUGGGCAUGACUGAAGGAAUGACAGAAUACAUCAAGGAUGUGGUCAUCUUCUCUGGUGCUGUCAUCGUUCUUGGUAGCGUGUCAGGUUACUUCCUUCUGCUCUGGUUUGUGAUCCCAGCGUUUAUGUUCUACCACUUGUGGAUUCAGUUCCUCUGGCCAUGGAUUCACGGUCCGGAAGGCGGCGAAGAGCCGAUGGCCGACCAGGGCAGGCGACGAUCACGAGUGCAAAAAGUUGUUCAUCGAUAAGAUGUCCUUGAUUACAAUUCAAUAAUUAUAUUGAUUUUGUGUUAUUCAUGAAAAAUGUGCUGUGGGUUUUUUUUAAAGAAGAUUCAGGUUGCUUAUUAUUUUCACAAGCUGCAGUGCAGUUCUAGAAGAUGUCAUGUGUGUGUAGAUGGCAAAAAUAACAAUGGUUUCACUGUUAAUAUGUAGCAGGAAGCAAGAGAAUACGAAUGUGCAGUCAUCAG